AUGGUCAGUAAUUUACAAAUAUUUAUUGGAAUGAUUGGAGUUUUAGAUCAGGAGAAUUUGGGAUAUCAAAUUCAUCAGCGACAUUGUUCUGUAGCUUUAUACCAAGAUGAGCGAAUUAAAUUAAAAUAUAGCGGAAAAAAUCCAGAUGAAACUCAAAAUCUAGUGAAUAUUCUUCGAACGCCUUCUUGUACAAUUAAUGAAUGGAACAAUGAAAUUAUGAUGACACAAUUAUAUAAACAACAUUUAUAUAAGUUUACCCCUGCCAGCAUCCCUUGGUAUGAAUUUUUACUUAAUUGGAAAAAGUAUAAAUGCAAUAUAAUAGAACUAUAUAGCGCUCUUGAAAAUAUAUAUCCAGAAGAAUAUCAAUUUAAAGAAAGAGAAUUUCGUGCUUGUAAAGCACUACUACGUAGCUUUGGAUGUACUAAUAUUACACCAUUUGAUAAAGAUAAAUCGGAUAAUAAUUUUCUUGAUAUGUCUCUCCCAGAUGACAAUCCUAAUCCUAUUGUGAAUAAAUUUUGGUCUUGUUUUAACGAAUCUUUAAAAGUUAACAAAAAAGGGAUUGAUGGAAAAAGAAGAAUUCUAUCAAUAAUUGCGGAUGAUUUUUCAUAUGAAGAAAUUAGGACAAACUUACUGGUCGCUCCUACUACAAUUUUUGAUGCUCGCAAAUAUGCUAGAUUAAAUGGUCCAGACACUAAGCAAAUUGAGAAACCUAUAAGAACAGUAGCUAAAUUAUCGCAAGAAAAACUGGAACAAUUUAGCAUUUUUUUUGAAGACAAAGCAAACGUUAUUAUGUCAUCUUACAAAUCAGAUGCCAAAACUCAAUUACCUGUUCUUUAUCUAAAAAACACAAAAAAAGCACUUUGGGAGAAAUUUCAGGAAACAUAUCCAAAUGGUUUAAAAAGAACGAUUUUUUAUUUAUUUGGAUAUUUGAAAAACCUAAUUCAAAAAGAAGUUAGUUUGAUGGAAAUUCAGAAUAAUUUCAUUCAAUGCGCUGAGAACUUACAACGUUACCUUAAAAAAUCAUAUGAACAAAAGUUCACAAUAUCAGAAAAUGAAUUAGAUGAAAAUUGGGCAAUUUUCUUAGUAGAUUAUAAAAUGAAAAUCUUACCACAAACUGCAAGAGAAACAAAGCAAGAUUUUUAUGGUAAAAAAGGGUGGUCUUUGCAUUCUGUUCUAGUUUAUACAAAAUCCAGUAACAGCCAAAUCCGUAUUGAAGCUUUUGAUCACUGGUCGUGUGAUGCAAAGCAGGACGCGUGGUUUACUGCUUCAUCUUUACAUGGGGUAAUAGAAGUUCUUGAUAAGAAGCCUGAAUGGAUAAGCAUCAUUUCGGACAAUGGUCCCCAUUAUCACAAUUCUGAAUUGAUGAUAAUAUUGAGUUAUUGGAAAGAAUGGCGUAUUAAAUUGGGAUUUGAAAUAAGGAAUGGUGAAAAUAUUCAAGAAGCAAUUGAAGAUAUUGCUGGAAUUCGUUUAGCACAUUUAGAACCUGAUAGAGAUAAUGUAAAAACAAUUCCUGGAAUUUCGAAUUAUUUUGAAUGGAGGUGGCCAGAAGAAGAAGGAUUAGAUGGGUGUAUACAAGCGAGAUCCUUACCUCAUAUUGGCGAAUGGAAAACCUUUACUCCAAAUCAAAUAUCCAAUUGGGCGAAAGCUGGAAUGCACAUGCCGCAACCUCAAAUUUCCUUGCACACGACAUCAAAAUCCUCUUGGAAGAUACCAAUGCCACAUAGUUCAAAUAUUGGUUUAAAGCGACUAAAGGUAAAACAACUGCAAGAGGAAUUUGAAAAUCGAGGAAUAAUGACAAAUGAAAAAGAAAAUCGUGCAGGAAUGAUUGAAAUUUUAGAAAAUGAAAUAGCUAAAGAAAUGCAAACCAAAAAAAUUGAAGAAAAGUUUGAUAUUUGUAAAUCAAACAGCAACGUAAGUGCAUUUCCUUUGCUAUGUGGUUGGGCACCAAAGCAUAAUCAAAAAUAUGGUAAAAAGGGUUCAGGAAAAAGAAUUGCACCUCAAGUUAUAGUUUUAUUAGAACGGUUCUUCUUAGAUGGUAAUGUUCACAAAAACAGAAGAAUGAAUGGGCAUAAUAUGCGAGAUAAACUAGUUGAAAAACAAGAAAAUGGAGAAUUAGCACGAGACAUUGAAAUUCCAGAAGUAACUUCUAUUAAUAAUUGGAUAGCAAGAUUUGCCACAAAGUCCAAAAAGGACUUAUCUGAACAAGCUAUAGCUGGUUUUUAUAAGUAUAAUGAGGAAACUAUACAAGAACGAGUUGAAAGGAACAGAAUUAAUCAAGGCGUCAGAAGGGAUCAAAUUGUUCAACCAACGUUAGUCAGAAGAAUGAUUAAAUUGAAAGAUAAAGCUUGCAAAGAAGCAACAAUAAAGAGGAGAAUUAAGGAAAGGAACAAUAUGAUCACCACAGAUCAACGAAAAAUGAUUAAUAGUAUACUAGACAAGACUUACUCCAGAAUUAACCUGAACAGGAUCCACAUAGCCACAGACACACAGGAGGAAAUCCUCUUGAAUUCUAAAGAAGAAGUUCAAGCAGAAGCCAUUAACACAUUCUCAUCAAUAUUCCGUUCAAAAAAUCACAAAUUUGAGAAUCUACCUGAACAAUGGAAAGACAUAUAUAAACCACGAGCUGAUAUUGACCUGCAAAUUUAUGAUCAUUUAGAUGAUAUGCCGAUAGAACAAGAAUGGAACGAGAUGCUAAACACAAUGAAUGAUAAAUCAGCUCUGGGUAUAUCAAACAUCAGCUACAAAUUAAUAAAGAAAGCAGAUGCUGAAGUAAAUGAAUUAUUCAGAUGA